CUUUCUAAAGCUAAAUAAUUUUUUUGCUAGCAAUUUGUUGCGUAUUCCAUUGUAGCAAAUCUGCAGAUUUCUUGUUGUGAAUGAGAGGGAGAAAUUAGAUAGGAGUGAGUCAGAGGAGACUUUGGUAUGUGGAAAUGAAUGGAAAAUGGUAGGUUCCACGUUACUUUUUACUUCUCUGGAAUAAGUGAAGAAAGGUGUUCUUGAUUAGGUACUUUUUACUUAAACCAAACAAUAUUUCUUGUAGUGGGUUACCUUUGAAAAAUAAAAAGCAUUGAACAAAUGGGUCUUUAAUAUUAAGUUUUUGGGCCUGAAUUUUUGCCUAUCCAAACUAGUAGUGAAAUACAAAAUUUAUAUUGGACAAAUUGUCAAUGUUGUAGAAAAUUCAACCAAAUAAUUCACUAAAAACAAAAGACCAAGACUUGCUUUAUGGUCAACUCUGACCAGUUAAAUGUAACAACAUUGUGGGAUAAGUCUUUGUUGCUCCUGUUUGUUUCUUAGCUGUGUAGUAAUCAGAAUUCAAGGUUACUCUUGUUGCUGUUUUGGAGAUUGGAGCAAUUGGAGUACCCAUAAAGCUGUUGCCAAGCUUGUGCUGAAAGUUCGGGAAACAAGGCUAAUCAAUUUGCACAUAGUGGAGUAAAUUGAUGGAGUAUGUUUAUGGCUUUGCAUCUUCCAUUUCAAGAGAUUUGGUGUGUGGAGCAGUAGACCAGUUGCGAUACCCCUGCUGCUUCAACAACUUUGUUGAAGACCUUGCAAAGGAAGAGGGCAAUUUGAUCACAACAAGAGAUAGCGUCCAAGACCGUGUGGCACGAGCUAAGAAACAAACAAGAAAGACAGCUGUGGUUGUUGAUAAGUGGCUGAAGGAUGCUAACACUGACAUAGACUCUGUGGACCAGUUACUAAAACAAGCUAGAACAAAAAAAAGCUCAUGUCUUGGCCACUGUCCGGAUUGGAUUUGGCAAUACCGUCUAGGCAGGAAGUUGGCAAAGAAAAAAGGGGACAUCAAAACAUGCAUUGAAGAAGGUAGACAGUUUGUACAAAUUGAACGCCCUGCUUCACUUAGGGGAUAUUAUUUUUCUUCAGAAAAAUGCUGGGAAUUCAAUAGUAGAAAAUCUGCUUGUGAGGAUCUUAUGAAUGCACUGGAAGAAGAUGAGGUGACCGUUAUUGGCUUGUAUGGGAUGGGGGGUUGUGGUAAAACCAUGUUGGCAAUGGAAGUAAGGAGGAGAGCAAGUCAUCUUUUUGAUCGAGUGCUUUUUGUGCCUGUGUCCAGCAUGGUACAGGUCCAAAGGAUCCAAGAAAAAAUUGCAAGCUCGCUGGAGUUUGAAUUCCAAGAGAAGGAUGAAGUAGAGAGAUCCCGACGCCUGUGCAUGAGGUUAAAUCAAGAAGAAAGGUUCCUUGUCAUUCUGGAUGAUGUGUGGCAAAUGCUUGAUUUUGAAGCCAUAGGGAUUCCUUCUAAAGAAGGUUGUAAGGUUCUCAUCACCACUCGAUCUGAAGCAGUUUGUACUUUGAUGGAUUGCCAAAGAAAGGUUCACCUAUCAACCUUAACCAAUGAUGAGACUUGGGGUCUUUUCGAAAAGCAAGCACUCAUAUCUGAGGGCACUUCUACCGCAGUGAAGCAUUUGGCAAGAGAAAUUUCAGAUGAAUGUAAAGGAUUGCCUGUUGCCAUUGUAGCUGUGGCUAAUAGCUUAAAAGGCAAAACCGAGGUGGAAUGGAGGGUUGCAUUGGAUAGAUUGAAAAGUUCAAAACCGGUGAAUAUUGAAAAUGGUUUCCAAAAUCCUUACAAGUGCUUGCGGUUGAGCUACGAUAAUUUGCAUAUGGAAGAAGCCAAGUCCCUUUUCCUGUUGUGUUCUGCAUUUCCUGAGGAUUGUGAAAUUCCAGUUGAACUUUUAACUAGAACAGCGAUAGCGCUAGGCUUGGUUGGAGAAGUUCGCUCAUAUGAAGGGGCAAGGAAUGAAGUGACUGCAGCUAAAAAUAAGCUCAUAAGUUCUUGUUUGUUGUUAGAUGUUGAUGAAGGAAAGUGUGUCAAAAUGCAUGACCUAGUCCGCAAUGUUGCCCAUUGGAUUGCACAGAAUGAGAAUAAGUUGAUUAAGUGCGCACUGGAAAAGGAUACGACUUGGGAACAUACUUCAGCACGGUAUCUAUGGUGUGAGAAUUUUCCAAAUAAUUUGGAUUGUUCCAACCUUGAGUUUCUAGUUCUACACAUGCUCAAAGAUUCUGAACUAUCGGAUGAAGUUUUCAAAGGAAUGAGAAUGCUCAAAGUUUUAUUCCUUUACAACAAGGGUAGGGAGAGAAGGCCACUGUUGUCAACUUUAUUAAAAUCACUGACAAAUCUUUGUUGCAUGCUCCUACAUAACUGGGAAUUAGGUGACAUUUCGUUUGUGGGAGAUAUGAAGAAACUUGAAAGUCUUACAUUGUGUGAUUGUUCCUUCCUUGAAUUACCUGAUGUGGUUACACAAAUGACAACCUUGAGAUUGCUGGAUUUGUCGGAAUGUGACACAAAAAGGAAUCCUUUUGAGGUGAUUGGAAGACACCCGAAACUGGAAGAACUCUACUUCACUGAUCGCAGAUCAAAGUGGGACAAUGUAUACACAGCUGAAUUUUUCAAAAGUUUUAGUGUCCCCCAAGUAUUGCACAGGUAUCAAAUAAAACUAGGAACGAUGUUUGCAGGUUUCCAGCAAGAGUUUCUCAAUCAUCACAGAACUUUGUUUCUCAGUUAUUUGGAUACAUCUAAUGCAGCUGUUAGGGAUUUGGCCAAGAAAGCAGAGGUUUUGUGGAUAGCAGGUAUUGAGGGAGGUACUAAAAAUAUCAUCCCAGACAUGGAAGGAGAAAGUAUGAAUCAUUUAAUUGAGCUUCUGGUAUGUGAUUCUGAAGGGGUAGAGUGUUUGGUUGACACUAGCAAUCAUUGGAGCGAGGUUGGAGCUCUCUUCCCCAAGUUGCAUUGGCUAAGAAUUGAGCGCAUGCAGCAUUUAGGAGCUUUACACCAUGGUCCUCUUCCUCUUAAUGGACAUUUUCAGAAAUUAGAGGAUCUAUAUAUAAGUCAUUGUCCAAAGCUGACGUGUCUUGAUGUUGCUCUGAAUCUGGUACAACUGAAGAAACUAGAAAUAUUAUCCUGUCCUACACUUAGGCAUAUACUGGCUGAUGAUGAGAUAAGUACAGAUGAUCACAAGUUGUUGUUUCCCAAAUUGAAAAAGCUCCAUGUGAGAGAGUGUGAAGAGCUUGAAUAUAUAAUCCCAAUCACUUUUGCUCAAGGCCUUGCACAGCUGGAGUGUUUGGAAAUUGUAUGCAAUCGUAAGUUGAGAUACGUGUUUGGCCAAUGCGCAGGUCAAAAUGAACUCAAGAUUGAGCUUUCUUCCCUGGAAGAACUUACACUUGUUAAGUUGCCAAAUAUCAAUAGCAUUUGCCCGGAAGAUUGUUAUCUAACAUGGCCAUCUCUGCGGCAGUUCAAUUUGCAAAAUUGUCCAGAGUUUUUCAUGGCGUCUGUUAAUACUUGCAUGGCUUUGCAUAACAAUCAGAUAACCGCUGAAGCUUCACAUCUAACCGUUCAAAGUGUGAAAGAAGUUCGAGUCAGCGACUGCGAGCUAGAUGGUAUCUUUCAGCUGGCAGGACUAUCCAUUGAUGGAGAGCAGGAUCCAUUGACAUCAUGUCUAGAAAUAUUGUAUUUGGAGAAUCUACCUCGGCUUAGGUACUUAUGCAGAAGCGAUAUAGAAUCCACAAACCUCCAAUUCCAAAAUCUUCAACAAAUUCAGGUGACUGGAUGUAGAAGAUUGAAAUCUAUCUUCUCCUCUAGUAUGGCUGGAGGCUUACCUCAAUUGAAAGAGCUCAAGAUAGAAAGUUGCAAUCAACUAGAUCAAAUCAUUGAGGAUGAGGGCACUCUAUUUCCAUCAGGCUCGUAUAAUCUUCCCAGCCUCACAAGGUUAACAAUAAAGUCAUGUUCAAUGUUGGAUUCAUUGUUCACAACAUCCACUGCUAAAACCUUGACUUCAUUGGAAGAAUUGAUGAUACAAGAUUGCCAUGGUUUAAAGCAUUUGCUAACUUGUGGAAAAGAUAAAAAGGAAGAAACAGUUCAGGAUGAUAUGUCAAUGCUCUCUAGUUUGAAAAAGCUGAGUAUUAUGAAUUGCCACUUGCUGCAGUAUAUACUACCCGUCUCAUUUGCCAGAGGCCUGGCUAAAUUGGAGGCUAUAGAAAUUACAGAGACUCCUGAGUUGAGAUCUGUGUUUGGUGAAAACAUUCAUUCUUCUCAUCAGUACCAAAACAAGUUCCAAAUUGAGCUUCCUGUUUUGGAAAAAGUCACACUCUGCAGUAUAUGCUCAUCUUUGCAACUGCUUGGCAUGAACAAUGUCGGACUUUCUAUAAAUAAUCUGUUGGUUGAUUCAAAAGCAAUGCAUUCGGAUCAUAGUUCUAAAACGGAUGCUGGUGAAGGGGAAACAAGUAUGACAAUUCAGAGAAAGUUAAUAUCAGUUUGUAUUGAGAACGGUUCCAAAAUUGAAGGCAUUUUUCAUCUAAAGGGGGUUCCAGUCAAUGGACAACAAGUGACCUCAUGGUUAGAAGACCUAAAAUUGGCUAAUUUACCAGAGCUAAUGCACAUAUGGAUGGGUGUCAAACAUCUUGUGAGGCUUCAGCAUCUUCAUAAAGUGCACAUUUUCAAUUGUCCAAAACUAAAGUUUGUCUUCUCUUCCUCUGUCUUGAGAACCCUACCUUUAUUGAAGAUCCUAGUGGUAGAACAAUGUGAGGAAUUGGAACAAAUCAUCGAGGACGAUGAAGAAAAUGACAAUGUCCCAAAUCCUCAAUCCCCAAAAGCAUGCUUCUCACAGUUAAAAUUCCUUCUUGUCACGCACUGCAACAACUUGAAGCAUCUCAUGUACAUGUCCACACCCCACCACAAGUUUCCAGAACUUGAGUAUCUGAUCCUAAAUCAAGACUCUCAUCUAGUGCAAGUGUUUGAGGCUGAACCAGGUGUGAAACAAGGGAAGGUGGAAACUUUGUUUCCAAAACUGAAACAUGUAAUGUUAACACAACUACCAAACCUCAAUAACAUAUGUCAUGGGAUUGAGUUUCAGACCCUUCCUAAUCUUCUUAUCCACAAUUGUCCAAGACUCUCAUUUACUUCAACAACAACUCUUGAGGACAUGCUACAAAUAUCUGAUCCUGAUGAGGAAAUUGAUUUCUAUCUCCGUCUUCACUUACACGACAUAAGUGGUAGCAUAACAAAGAAAGGAAACAAAGGGACUCAAGACUUUCAAUCGUUGGAGCAGAAACUGACACCCAUUCCUUUAUUGAAGUUGACCGAGCAGUUGGGUGACGAACAAUCAAUGGAUGAGGCAUGUUUGACAAACCAACAAAAGCAACUUGGAGAAUCUAUCAUUAACAGUGGUGUUGAAGAGGAAACCCCAUCAAAGAAUGCCAAUAUAGUAUAUUCAUCAAUUUGUUCCGAAUCCUCUAGCUCACUAGUCACUUCUCAACUUAAAUUAUGUCCGCAUAGUGGAAUAAGCCUCAGUCAGACUGAGACAGACACAAACAAAGAAAGUGAAGACCAUCCUAUAAACCUUGGAGACUUGUGUGUUUCUGAAAUGGCUGCAGAGAAUCCUUCCACCAAAGAUAACUUAGUUGCAAAGGCCCUUGUUGACCUUGAAGAGUCUCUAAAGAUGCCUCUGAAGGACAUAGCUAGGUCCGAGGUGAACAGCAUUCGCCUUCUGACGGCGCUUAAGUUCUUGUCCCACCUUCCAUUAAAAGAUGUAGCUAUAUCAGAUGGACUUAAAACUAUAAUAGACUCUAUGCAUGACAAACUUCCAAUCAUUCUAUGUUCCUUCAAGCAAGCAUUGGUUACCACUGACAAAUUUGCUCAUCAAAAUGAGGCAUCCGUUACUACCCUUGUUUCGAAAAUUUCUAAGGCAAAUGAUUUUUUGGAUGAAGCUCAACAGAAGGAAGAAAUUUUGAAGGAAGAGAUUGUUCGGUUGAAGAAAGAAAUGAAAGAUCGUGAGGAUGACCUAUCAUCUCUUCAGGAGGAAAAGAAGAAGUGCAUUCAAGAAACUAUAGGGUACAAAAGGGAGUUUCAAAUGGUGGAAGAUCAAAGAAAAUCUCGGCAUGAAUUAUUUGAGGUGGACUAUAAAUGGUCUGCUCUAUGUUGCCAAUUUCAGCACAACCGCAUUGUUGAUAGAAAUCAAUGUUAAGUAUUUUCCUAGAUUUAGCGUGUUUGGAUUUGUGUUGUCAGAAUUGAUUCGGAUAUCAUAUAGUUGAUUAUAGUAAAAUUGAGUUGAAAGUCAAGUGCUUGGAUGGAUUUAUGAGAAAAUUGUUUUUAUUGAGUAUUGUUGUGAAAUUCUAUAAUUGAUUAUGUUUACCA